AUGGCUCCUCCGGAAGGGUAUUUCGACCUUGAACCCGGUUUCGAAACAGAGAUCUUUCAAAACAAACGCUUUGGCAAACUCCGUCUGGCUACGGAGGAAUUGAUCUGUGUCGCCAUGGCGGCAAGAAUCUUAUUUCUCCUCAAGAAUGAGCAUUCUAGCAGCUGUAUACCCUGUCAUAUACUCACUGAAUUCAAUGUCGAGAUUGAUAGCGAGACGAUUCGUGCAGUUGUCGAGAAAGACUUCGAAGUGACCGAAGAAGACCUGUCAACCGGAGAAUACAUGGUCGCGACAGCACCACCGAUCAGAGGGCCAGGUUAUCAUGGUGGCCACAUCCUUCCAGCUGGAAUUGCCUACGAGUGUAUCAAUCUGCGAGACUAUGGCGUUGGUUUUGUGAUGCAAUAUGCCCAGGUUCAGUGGGGUCUGUCAGUACCGGAGCAUGUGGUGGCCACGCUCAUUGAUGACUGGGUCUUGAUGGUAACUAGGGUUGGUGACGGUGUGCCUGACGAUGCACGUCCUCAUCACGAAGGACGUCGCAUCACUCAGUUGGCCCUCCAACCUUACCCAGAACUGGAGCAGCGGGACGUACUCUUCCAACAUGCACCUCCUCAGUAUGAACCACGACCUAUAUACCGCAACAACUCGGGCCAGGAGGUCCUUCUUCGACAUCCGCGAGAGAUACCCGACAGCUACCCACGAGGAUCACGAGCCCGAGAUGUCCCGACUUAUAGAGAUGGCGAAGCACCACCUGCCUACAGCGACCGACAACCCCAUUCAACGGUUUCCGCACCUCCUUCUUCCUCUUCUCGUCAAGAAGUGCAUCCAGUCACGACCUACGCAGAUUCGGAACACCGGAGUACCAUAAGCAAUAGCUCCGCCGAAGCGGUUAUUCCGAAAGGGCGGCAUUUUGUCGAGACUGAUAUCGUCACAUACAGCAAGAUCGAUAUUAGCAACUAUCUGUUUUUCAACAUGCCAGCCGUUCUUCUCGACGAUGAACUCGGACCAUUGACAUUUCCACAUGUGUCUCGGGACUUUCGGCGUUUUCUCCUUCUGACGAUGCUGGGAAGAACUCGGCCAAUUCAUGUGGUUGAAAUGUGGCCGCAGUAUCGCCUUGGCAGUACGGGUGGCCUGACUCUAUCAGGCAAAAGAGUGGCGAAGCUCGUCAGAGAUAUCGUUAACGAGCUAAAGGUGAGUGCAUGUGCUACAUCCCGACGCAUCCUAGCUGGUAUGCCGAUUAUUGACAACCGUGAAGGACUUCUCAUCUUACUCCGACACAUGCAACGUGCCAGGGGAGUUCGCGAAUUGGGCAAUUUUGUCUCAGACAGUGCCUUCUGGAGAGCGGCGUUUGAAGAAAUCAAGAUUGCUGACAACUUACAUGUGCAGACGAUACUGAAGCGAGACCCUGUACGUGUUUUCCCUACGGUGAGUACACUGGAGAGAUUGCUUGACGAUAUCAGAAAUUUACGAUCGGAGGACAAAAGCUUCCAGGUUACCUUUCAAUUCUCACGGGGAACUCCUCGGAUACUGGUAUCAGUCGCAGGUGUAGACACCCAGCCAGCUCUGAGUAUUGGGGAGCUGGAAGGCGAUCGUCAUCACCAGCUCAGCGGCCAUGAAUAUCGUCGUUACGUCAACCUACUCGAGGGCGCCAGAAACAUCCUUCAAGGUGCUAUUGGGGCCAUGAGUGACGAGUCGUUCAUAGUGGCCAGGCAUCAGCUGGAGAGAUUCGUGCGUGCUGGAGUUAGAACGGUUGCCCACCACGGAGAGAGCGUUCAACAGCUGCAGGAAGCCCUCGAAAGAGUGCACACCUUGAGCAAUUCGAAAGAAGCAUCUCGUAUCAACCCCGAGUAUUGGGCGGCAAUCAUGACCAAUUCAAGCUUGGCUAUAGUCGGACUGCUUUCCACGUCGAGGGCAUGGGUCAUCAUCCCAACUUCAGAUGAGCCUCCGCGUCAACUGGCUUUUGUAUACAGACCCAAGCCACUGGCCUCCAUGUCGACACACAGCUUCCGUUUCCACCUCAACGUGAUCAAAAACAUACAUCGUCUUGGCCCGCAGUUGAUGCAUACCUUCACGCCACCAUCGGAAGUGAGUCUGACCAUGGAACAGUUCCACCAGGAGUACGACAAUUUUUUGGUCCAAUGGGAGGCAUAUAAAUUGACGUACUUGCCCGGCGUUGACGACUAUGAAUUCGAACACUUGAACAAGAUAUACAAGCGUGGGUUGGCCAGACUGUAUGGCAUAAUUGGUCGGAUCGAGGGUGCUUGCUCCGCCGCGACAGCUGAGUGCAAGGCCGCUUUGAGGCAAGAGUUGAGUACCCAUCUGAAGCUUCGUCAUAGUUUAGUGGACAGAAUCGCUUCCUGUGAGAGAUCACCCUUUGCCCCGGAUCUGGAUCUGGAUAUCAAGGAGGUCAAAAUCGCCAUGAACAGGUACUCGACUGAGUUUUUGCGCGUCCAGGCGUGGUACUUGAAAGGUAAUCAGAGACCGAUGGAUCCUGCCUAUCACGAGGACAUGGCCACGGAGGUGGAUCAGAUGCUAACGGACCUAGAGGCUGAUCUAGCCUGGUUUGAACUCGAAGCAGCAGAGGAGCAAGAUGAGGCACCUGAGGAACACGACGAUAUCGCCGCAGUGACCUCAGUGGAUGACGUCGAAACACGCCCAGAAUCUUCUCAUGCCCUGGCGAUUGAUCAGACUAUGUCUUCGGCUGAAGAAGAUGAGACUGCUUCAUCCCGAGGUUCUGACGAAGCAUUACGGCAAGAUGAAGAGGUACCAAUUCCCGGCAGAAACGUAUAUGCGUCUGCACCGACACAUGGCGGGCAGACUUUACCACAACAGCACGGGAACACGGUCGCCGAUCAGAGUUUUCGGUCUUUGCUUGAAGGUAACGAUGAUUCCUCAGACCCAUCGGGCUUUCAGAAUGCUGACAUUGCGACUAGUUUGCCUGGAUCAAGAGAAUCUCCGAUCAUUGCAGACGACCGAGCUUCCUUGGAUACGCCUCAAGUGGAACCAUCCCAAGCAGAACCAGCUACAAGCGAUGCUUCCGGUACUCUGACAAGCGAGCCACAGUCCAGUAAUGAGGUCUCCGUCCCAGAUGGUGGCAAUGCUUCUUCUUCCUCUGCUACGAGUGAGAGCGCGUCAAACAUCGUGCCGCAUGGUCACCCGACCGGCCCGUUGCAAGACAACAACUCCGAAGAUCAAGGGCAAGAAGGGAGCGAUCAAGAAAGCCAACCCGAGUUCUCUGAUGUGUCUGCGGCGGUGGUGGAUUUCCUUCGAAGAUGGCGCGAGAGAGCGAGAUUGCGACGAGAAAGCCGGUGA